AUGUCACCUCGUUUUAGCGUAAGCUUGAAACUAGUGCGAGUUAUACACUCGAGGCGUGCUGCAAGGCGUGAAUCCGCAAAGCUUGGUACAUCAAGCUCCAGCGACGAAAGCGGACGCAGCAGUAUCUGUAAGCUGGAGGGGGCUCGACAAUGGGCUGCCCAAUCAACCUUGGGCUUGGCUCCACAAUACAUCACCCCUUUCAUGACUCAUACCCAGUACAAGGCUACAGUAUCAUUAUUAUGUGAUACUGAGACCUACGGCUAUAUCGCGGCAAAAGCUUUUCUCUACGGAUUAUUCUCUCUAGCUUUGUCCACGGAGCCUCUAUCGCCCAAGGAUGAGAGGUUAGGUGUUGACAGCAGGGAGGAGAGACACAUUCGCAGUAGCACCUUGUUCAAAGAUCAGGUUAGGAAGACGGCUGCUAAAAGGUGUGUAGUGCAAAAUUCGAGACUAUUGGAGCCUUACGUCCCUUAUGCUAUUGUGCCUUACUAUGCCGCUGCAGUUAUUGUGCCUUGCAGUGCCACAGCGGUCUUGAUUUCUGAAUGUCCGAUAUACACUCUCUGCAAAGACAUGCCCUCGCUACUAACCGCCUUGCUACUAACCGUAAGAAGAGCAUAUCGAAAUUUCAACCAGGAUCACCCAAAACCCAUAGAACUCGAGCGCCUCGAAGGCGAGCCCCUUUCGAAAGGCUAUCGUGGCGAGGGUACGAAGAACGACCCGAGAAAGCUUGACGUUCGUAAAGGAGUCCUCGCUUCGAUCGUAGUUACUAUCUUGGGUAGUAUUGCAACGGCGUUCAUAGGUGACUGCAACAAGGUCGCAAGCAGUCUGCUGUUUGGUGCUUCGAACUAUUGUAUGCAGCGCCUAGCUGCUCUAACGAGGAAGGAGAUUGACAGGGUACAUGCAAAGAAGAAAUGGAUUCUCUCAUCGAUUAAGGGGAGGGUCGGGCUGUGGACCAUGCUUGGUUUAAACAGCUUACCUCUUCACCUCUCUCUCGCCAGCUAUAACUCGGUUGUCUUCGAAGCGAUCCUAACAAACGACGAGUGUUCGUUACCCUGGUCAAUUAAGUACGUGGGUAACUUCGAUACUUCGUUGAAUGCUACUAUCCAGAUCACACCCAUUUUGAGAACAUCACCGGGCCCAAUUAAUGAAUAUCUCUUGAAUGCUUCGUAUUAUUUGUCAUCCCUACCGAUUAGCAGUGGGGGCUUGAAUUUGGAUAACAACUAUGAACUCACUACCCUAAAAGCGCCAAGCUAUUCGUACUUCGCAAGUCACCGAACUAACCGCGGCUCCGAGACAGCUUAUGCGAGAUCAUUCCUUCAAUAUGCUAGUCCAAUCCUCAACAAUUACCCUUUCCGUUGGUUAUCGCAGUCAACAUACUUAAAAAUUGUUCUUAUGGCUCUCACACUAUUGGUGAUGCCAUUCAAUCUUUCCUCACAAGACCUGAUCCCACCACCGAAGAUUUGGGCGAUUCCAGAAAACGGACAGAAUCAUCGAUUCAACCCUCGUAGACGAGAUUGGUCUAGUGCUGUCAGUGUUGCCGAUGGUCCGUUUGUAUCGCCUUCUGUGACGGCUCUUACUGAAAUUAAAACAGGGAAAGAAGGGAAGUUCGGCAUAGUUGACAUGAACACGCAUUAUCUACUUGGCAUUAAUCUCCCCUUUGGUAAACAGUCCAUCUUCCUAUACGUCCUCCUAGCAAACUUGCCGCAAGCGAUAGCGUCUUCUAUAUAUAUCACAUACAACAGCCUCUUCACCUAUAUGCUAGCUACCGCUAAUGGACUAGAUACACCAUCGAAAGGCCUUCCGCUACUUGCCGCAAGUACCUUCUUCCGUUGGUUUAUAUCACAGUCGAUUUCCUCGUCCACAUUGAGAUACACCAGGACGGUAUUUUUUGGCCUUCAAUCUUCCCGCUAUCGGAAAUGUAUUUAUUGGGCUAGGAUACUUAGGGGGUGCACUCCAUUGGGGGAUUUUCUUGGCUAUUUCACUGGUUAUGAUUGCCUGCUUGUUGCAGGUAUUUGUACGUAUCCAAGUGGUCUAUCGGUCGGCGGGACAAAUAGCGCCGUCGUUAGUGUGGCGUGCCACUUGCGACAUGACUUACACGAGGACCAGCCAGAAGACGAAGUGCAAGAAGACAUUACUAGGAGCCGCUCUAUAGAACAUUGUACUUUAGUAGCGGAGAGGUUAAACCUCUUGAGGCAGAAUGUCUAUAUGCCGGGCUGGCCAGAGGGUAAGUCUAGCAGCAAUAUUUGGCGACACCUUCCCCAAUUAAAUAAGGAAUAA